AAGAAUUGGGGCUCGGUCGUAAUCUUCAAAGAUCUCCUGUAGGUCUUGCACUUGCGAAUGGGAGAUGGGAAGACUAAAUUGUAUAGCAGUCGUCGCGAGCUAUAAAAAUAUAAACGGCGCCGGGGAUCUCUCAUCUCGCUCGUCUUGCGUCGAAGAAAAGAUCGCGGAUUUGGCGGUGUGAUCGAGACGAGAGGCGGCCGCAAUGCCGACCCCGGCGAUGGAGGAGUCGGAGAGGAGGGAGCGGCUCCGGGAGGAAGCCGUUCGAAGGGUGCUUGCGGAAUUCUCUUAUCUCUUCGAUUCCUCGGAUUCGGAAGGGGAGGAGGAGGAGUGGACUGCUUCGGAGGAGAGGAAGAGGUCGGCGAGGAAGAAUAAGGGAAAGAUGGCGCAGAGAGAGGGCGUGAAGGCCAAGAAGAAGAGAAUCUUUCUUAAACAGGGGAAAGGGAUCGGCGGGAAGGGGACGGACAGGAAAAAGAAGGAUCUUUCCGUGUCUUCUUUGAAUCAGAGGACGAUGGCGGGGAGAGAGGAAGCGGAGGCAAAGAAUUGGAUCGGGAAAGGAGAUGGGGUGAUGAUGGAUGGUUUUCAGAAACAAGGGAAGGAGCAGAGGAUGGACAGAAAACACAAGGAACUUUCGCUGCCUUCUUCUUCUGAUUGUUCAUCCACUGGCUCUUGUUCUUAUGAUCGUUUUAGCUCUUCUACUGGCUCUUCUUGUUAUGGUCAAGCUAAUGGCGAUGUGAAUCUCGCGUCUUCUCUGUCUUCGAUUGAAGUACCUCGGCGUGGAAGAACGAAGGUUGUGCCUUCGAAGAGAGGGUGCCAUCAGUGCGGCCAGAGGAAGUGGUGGAAGUUGGUGAUCAAGUGCUCCUGCUGCAAGAAGAGAGGCUACUGUGCCUUUUGUAUCGACCAACGGUACCCUCGGAUGUCAACGAACAUGAUUGCAGAGGCUUGUCCAGGCUGCCGUGAAAUAUGUAACUGCGACCCAUGCUUGAGAAACUCAAAGAAAUCCGAGAAUUCACUUGGCAAUAUGAACAAGGUUGAUAAAAUUAAUUACAUUGGUUAUACAUUGCAUUAUCUACUGCCUUAUUUGGAACAGUUGAACCAAGAGCAAUUGAAAGAGAGGAAGAUAGAAGCCAGAAUUCGAGGAGUGGCAUUGGCUGAGUUGAAGCUGGAACCGGCAGAGUGUCGAAAAGAUGAACGCAUAUUCUGUAACAAUUGUCGGACUUCCAUUUUUGACCUUCAUAGAAGCUGUCAGAGUUGCUCAUAUGAACUAUGCCUUAGCUGCUGUAAGGAGAUUCGUGAAAACAAUCUACGUGGUUCUUGUGAAGAAGUGAUACUCAAUUACCCAAACAGGGGAAAAGCCUAUGUGCAUGGUGGAGAUCCAUUACCAGAGGCCGCCCAUCGAAUAGAGAUGAGUGUACCUGACCAUGGGACUCGACUUGCUGUUAUGUGGAAGGUGCAUUCUAGUGGCAGCAUUCCUUGUCCCCCGACAGAAUUUGGUGGAUGUGGUGCUUCUCUUCUUGACUUGAUGCACAUGCUUCCUAAAAAUUGGUUAUUAGAUCUUGAAGCUAGAGCGAAAUUCCUAGCCAGAAAUUUUGGAUUUCCACAACAACCAGGUAUCUCUGUAAAAGCGAGAUGCAGCUGCUCUUGUUCUGGUAAUAAAAAUUCAAGAAAAGCAGCUUCCAGGGAGAAAUCAGCUGACAACUAUCUGUAUUGUCCAUUAUCAAAUGAUAUUAAGCAAGAUGACUUAAAACACUUCCAGAGGCACUGGAUCAAGGGAGAACCAGUAAUUGUGCGUGGGGUGCUUGAACAAAUGUCACAGCUGAGCUGGGAGCCAGCGCUUAUGUGGCGCGCAAUACGUGGCAGUAAAGCUAGUCCAGAAUUAUCACAAUUGAAGGCUAUUGACUGUCUGGCUUGCUGUGAGGUUGAAAUAGAUACCAAUCAAUUUUUCAAAGGCUACACGGAAGGAAGAAUGUAUGAAAAUCUGUGGCCUGAAAUGCUUAAAUUGAAGGAUUGGCCCACAUCCAAUCACUUCGACGAGGUUUUGCCAUGUCAUGGCGAUGAGUACAUAAACUCCUUGCCUUUUCAAGCAUAUACAAAUCCAAAGUCUGGCCCAUUAAAUGUUGCUGUUGCUCUCCCUGAUGACAUCUUAAAAUUGGAUAUGGGGCCAAAAUCAUAUAUUGCAUAUGGGAUGGCAGAAGAGCUUGGAAGGGGAGAUUCUGUGACAAAGCUUCAUUGUGACGUGUCUGAUGCGGUUAAUGUUUUGAUGCAUACUACUGAAGUAGUACUUUCUAAGGAGCAAAAAUCUGCAAUAAAGGCAUUGAAGAAAAAACAUAGGGAUCAAGAUGAGAGAGAACAGGAAAAGGGUGGGGAACAAGGAGACUUUGUUUGUUUACCAGAGGUGAUGGUUGAAAGUGAUCAACUGAUAGAUUCGAUCAGAAAAGGAGGUGCUUUAUGGGAUAUUUUCCGGAGAGAGGAUGUCCCAGCAUUACAAGCUUACCUUCGAAAACAUUCAAAAGAAUUUAGACAUAUAUAUUGUUCUCCAGUUGAACAGGUUUUUAAUCCGGUCCAUGAUGAAACAUUUUAUCUGACUAUUGAACAUAAAAGGAAACUCAAGGAGGAAUUUGGAAUUGAACCAUGGACAUUUGUACAACGGCUUGGAGAAGCAGUCUUCAUACCAGCUGGUUGCCCCCAUCAAGUGAGAAAUCUAAAGUCAUGCACAAAGGUUGCCCUCGACUUUGUUUCACCUGAGAAUGUUGGAGAAUGUAUCCGUUUGACUGACGACUUUCGGUUGCUUCCAAAAAAUCAUCGGGCCAAAGAAGACAAACUUGAGGUGAAAAAGAUGGUAAUACAUGCUGUCAACCAUGCUGUGAAGACUUUGCAGGAUUUGCUGCGCUCUCAAUAAAAAAAAGGGUUAGCGCCCAUCUAACGACUAACAAGCUGCAGACCCAAUGCCACCAUCCAGAUACAACCCCCCCUGUUAAUUUCACCAAAAGGGAUGAAUAAAUAACAGAUUUUAUUUUUGUAAUUUAAACAAUUCAAUUGAUCAAAUAAGGAUGGUGCUUUCUUUAUGUUUAAUGGGUCUUAUCAGUGGAGUUGUAAAGCUGUCCUUGAAGUUUCUCUUUCUAAAUGUUUUCAUUCAUGUUUAUACA